GUGACUCGCUAUGGCCGCUGCCUUCGCCCCGCGCCCCUGAGCCGCGGCCCCCCAGACGGCUCCUCUCUGGGACCCCCACCCUUGACGCCGAGCAGCACCAAGGCUCAGGGUCUGGGCAGAAGCCGUGCUCGCGGGCUCCCCGGAAGGAUUGCUACCCCCGGAUGCGAGCAUCGCAGGACAUGGCCCCCCCAGCCGCCUAGCCGGGGCCCAUCUAGGAGAGGCAUCCUUUUCAGCGUCCUGAAGGCCAGCUCUGGACCUUCCCAGGAAAGUGCCAGCUCACAGAACAGCUUGACCAAAGGACCAGCUCUUGGGACGGCCCCAAACCAACCUGGCCCCCAGCUAGAGUGGGGUCUCCAGGAGGCUGUGGUUAGCCUGCUGGUCUUGGACAGCAGCUCCAGGACAGAAGGGGGGGUGGGCUGACCACCCAAACCCCCUCUGGGCCCAGGCCCUAUGCCUCGAGGAGGGGCGGCCUGAAGCCCUACGGAGCUUCCCGCCGGAGCUUCCCGCCAGACUGUCUGCCUGCUUCUGACUCUGCUGCUUGGCAUGGCCAGUAACAGCAGCUCCUGCCCAACACCUGGGGGAGGGCACCUCAGUGGGUACCCAGUGCCCCCCUACGCCUUCUUCUUUCCUCCUAUGCUGGGUGGACUCUCCCCGCCAGGAGCUCUGACCUCUCUCCAGCACCAGCUUCCAGUUAGCGGCUAUAGCACGCCGUCCCCAGCCACCAUUGAGACCCAGAGCAGCAGUUCCGAGGAGAUAGUGCCCAGCCCUCCCUCACCGCCCCCCCUCCCCCGCAUCUACAAGCCUUGCUUUGUCUGUCAAGACAAAUCCUCAGGCUACCACUAUGGGGUCAGCGCCUGUGAGGGCUGCAAGGGCUUCUUCCGCCGCAGCAUCCAGAAGAACAUGGUGUACACAUGUCACCGGGACAAGAACUGCAUCAUCAACAAGGUGACCCGGAACCGCUGCCAGUAUUGCCGGCUGCAGAAGUGCUUCGAAGUGGGCAUGUCCAAGGAGUCUGUGAGGAAUGACCGGAACAAGAAGAAGAAGGAAGCCCCUAGGCCAGAGUGCUCUGAGAGCUACACGCUGACGCCCGAGGCGGGGGAGCUCAUCGAGAAGGUGCGCAAGGCGCACCAGGAAACCUUCCCCGCUCUCUGCCAGCUGGGCAAAUACACUACGAACAACAGCUCGGAGCAGCGUGUUUCUCUGGACAUUGACCUCUGGGACAAGUUCAGUGAACUCUCCACCAAGUGCAUCAUUAAGACUGUGGAGUUCGCCAAGCAGCUGCCCGGCUUCACCACCCUCACCAUUGCUGACCAGAUCACCCUUCUCAAGGCUGCCUGCCUGGACAUCUUGAUCCUGCGGAUCUGUACGCGGUACACACCCGAACAGGACACAAUGACCUUCUCAGAUGGGCUGACCCUGAAUCGGACCCAGAUGCACAAUGCCGGCUUUGGCCCCCUCACAGACCUGGUCUUUGCUUUUGCCAACCAGCUGCUGCCCCUGGAGAUGGAUGAUGCUGAGACUGGGCUGCUCAGUGCCAUCUGCCUCAUCUGUGGAGACCGGCAGGACCUGGAGCAGCCCGACAGGGUGGACAUGCUGCAGGAGCCGCUGCUUGAGGCGCUGAAGGUCUACGUGCGGAAACGGAGGCCCAGCCGUCCCCACAUGUUCCCCAAGAUGCUGAUGAAGAUCACAGACCUGCGGAGCAUCAGCGCCAAGGGGGCCGAGCGGGUAAUCACGCUGAAGAUGGAGAUCCCAGGCUCCAUGCCACCUCUCAUCCAGGAAAUGCUGGAGAACUCCGAGGGCCUGGACACUCUGAGCGGACAGCCGGGGGGCGGGGGGCGGGAUGGGGGUGGCCUGGCCCCCCCACCUGGCAGCUGUAGCCCCAGCCUCAGCCCCAGCUCAAACAGAAGUAGCCCGGCCACCCACUCCCCGUGACUGCCCGUGCCCAUGGACACAGCCCUUGGCCCACGCCCUGGUUUUUCUCUGCCUUUCUACCAACGAUGCGACCCCCACCAGCCCUGCCCCCGCCCGUCCUUCCUUCCCUGGGGGGACAGGAGGGAGGAGGCGGCGACUCUUCGGGACAGAGGCCUGGGCCUGAGAUGAACUGCCUGCCCCUGCAGCCCGGCUGCCGUCAGGGGCAGGGCUGUGAACUGAGUGAGGACCCCCGGUUCUGGGCCUUGGAUGGGGCCUGGGGGCCUCUGUUCAUCAAGACAUCCUGCCCAUGUCUCCACAUCUUCAUCACCAGCAAAUGCCAGGACCUGGCUCCCCCAUCCUCAGAACUCACAAGCCAUUGCCCCCCGGUUGGGGAUCCCCCCCUGCCUCGGUUGGUGACAGAGGGGGUGGGCCAGGGCUGGGGGUUCUCCCUGUACAUACCCUGCCAUACCAACCCCCAGGUAUUCUCGCUGGUUUGUUUUUAUUUUAAUUUUUUUGUUUUGAUUUUUUUUUUUAAUAAGAAUUUUCAUUUUAAGCACAUUUAUACUGAAGGAAUCUGUGCUGUGUAUCGGGGGGAGCUGGAUCCAGAGCUGGAGAGGGUGGGGCCUCGGGAGGGGAGGGGCUCAGAGGGGCUCCCACUCCCUCUCCGCGCCCCUGCGCCCCCUGGCCCUCCUCCCCAGCCUUUUCUCCUCAGUUUUCUCUUUAAAACUGUGAAGUACUAACUUUGUGAGGCCUGCCCUCCUCUUCUCCCUCUGCCUAACCACUGGGUGUGGAUAGUUCCAGGCAGCCCCAAAAGGAGGGGGCUCCCCCUAAGAGACGGGGCAGGGGCAAAGCAAGGGGCCCUCAGAGCAAGUGUGUUUCUCAGCCCUGUGUCCUGGUGGAGCCGCCUCCCCAUCAGGGCCCACAUCAUCUAGGCUCUGUUGCCCCCACUGUGAAGGGGCCAGCCAAGGGGUCCACAUGGCCCUGCCCCCCAGCCUCACAGCCACCAGCACCUCCCACAGGGCCCCUGACACACACACACACACACACACCCCCAGCGGACAGAUGGGCUGAUAGACACACUUGGCCUAAGUUCCUCCAUUUCCCUGGGCUGCCCCUCACCUCACACCCAUGCCCCCUCCUUGCCCCGCAGGACGGGCCUACAGGGGGUCCCUUCCCCUCCUUCCCUGCACCCCCGGCCUGGGGGAGCUGGUUCUGCCCUGCCUUCCUUGCCCCGGGGUUGGGGUCUCAUGCCUCCAGAGCCCGCUGGUGCACCUGUUACUGUCGGACUUUCCACUGAGAUCUACUGGAUAAAGAAUAAAGUUAUAUUUAUUCUA